AUGCCCUUGAUCCCACGCUUCCACGCCGUUGUCCCACCAGAAGCAGUCUUUAUCCAUGAGGAAGCUUCUGUUGUCAGAGUCGGGGCCAUGUUAUUCCGCAAGGUCACAGAUGCAGGCCAGGGGACCAUUUACGAAGAGCUCUGUGAUAAGGUCCUAGAAGACGGAUGGGAGGACAUCAUCUGUCGUGGAGAUUUCUUGGUCUUAUGCCGCAGGCGCAAGUCAACAGCAGCACACAAGCCACUCACGGAAGAGAAAAAAAGACAGAGAGUCCAGGCAAUGAGACAGCGAAUGAAGACUGUGCAUGCUAGACAGGAUCGUUUGCUAUCUAAGAGCUCCUCUCGCGAUUCUCGACAGAUAAUGUCGUCAAUGAGACGUCAAAUCGCAAGGGAUAUUCUCGGCGGACACGCUUCGGAUCUGGAAGUCGAUACUGACUCAUCCGAGACAGGGUCGGAUAGCUCUAGCUCGAAUGGACUACCAGACUUUCCAUCUGCAGAGGAAUCAUGGAGUGAGGAAUUUGAAAGCGAACAUGACCUGCUCGAAAACAUCAGUGAAGGCGAUAGUGCUGAAAGUGAUCUGGACCUGGAGUCGUGCCCUUCGAGCAGCACGGACUCUGACAUUGAAUCUCGCAUCAGCAACAACUCCGGGGGAAGUAGCGAACUAGGUGAUACCGAGUCCCUGGAAUCCCACGUGAACCUGAGUUCCUGCUUUGAAUCUGAGGGCACAGAAAGUAGCUUUGAGUCAGAUGAGGAUUCUAUCACCGAAUUCACGCCGGUCUCUCCGAGCUUCGAGAAUAAAAACAGCGUCAAGAUCAACGACCACGGUGUUCCCAAUAUCUGUUGCGAUAUGUGCGUGAACAUCUCACUUCGAAUAUGGUACCACUGUGUUCAUUGCGAGGAUGAUAGUUUCGACCUCUGUCAGCGCUGCGAACGGGAGGGACGAUGGUGCUUUGACCUCGACCAUCAACUGUAUCGGUACGUUGCCAGGAAGCCGGUUGGGGUCAUUUCUCGGCGCAGCUUCACCAUCCGUCAAGAAAUCGCCAUCCUUCGCCUGGACCAGAAGACCCCAAAGCUCCUUUUCCACCUACACAAGAAGUACCGGGAUGUGAUUUACGGGUCGCCUCCCGUGAUUCAUGCCUGCCAUCCCUUGGUUGUCUGGCCAUUGAGUGGCUCCCGCCUCCUCUUUGCUGAUUUUGAGAACAAUAAGUUCUUCGAGUACAAGAUUGCGAGCUACACGAGAAGAAAAUGUGAGCCUUUCCCCUCCGUCUUGCUUUCCCCAUCCGAGAGAAUCAGGAUCUUGGGCUGA